AUGGUCGAGGAACUGCCGCAGUUCAACCCUCGAAGGUGGGAAAUGAAGGUCCGCUAUCCGCCGCCCAUGGCAAAGGGCAUCCUGAAGCAGUCCUUGCAGGCUCUUGCGUUUCUCCACGAAAACGGCAUCGCCCAUGGAGACUUCCAGCCGGGGAACAUGCUCUUUACUCUGAACGAUAUCGAUUCUAUGCCCGAAGACGUGCUCCGGCAGGCGGAAGACGUCCAGGCCCGGUCGAUCUCGCCCCCGGUCCAGCGGCUCGACGGUAAAGAGGAUAAAUGGGCGCCGCGGUAUCUCUGCGUUGCGCAGCCGCUGGUGCCCUUUACCUGCUACGCCGAGGGGUUCAAGGUCAAAUUAUCCGAUAUGGGCGGCGCAUAUUUCUUUACCGACCCCCCAACAAAGCCCGUUACUCCCCGCGGUCUUCGAGCUCCCGAGUUGAUUCUCACCGGAGCCGUCAACAAUACCCUUGAUGUCUGGAGUUUCGGGUGUCUUGUCUUUGAGCUUAUCACUGGACUGCCACUCUUCUGUGUGCCAUGGUCCGACUUUGAAGAUGACGAUCAUCUUCUUGCCCUGAAUGCCCAGAUCGGUCCCCUCCCGGUCGAGCUCUAUGGGCAUUGGAAGACCUCGUCGCUCUACUUCACGCCCGAGAGGGAGCUCUUUAAUUGUCAGCUUGGAGGAGUCGCUCCGGGGAAGGAACCACUUAUGUUGGAGCAAACAUCCGUGGAAGAGUUAUUUGAUCAGGCAGGCCCGGAUCUUGAUGAGGAAGCCCGCACAGUAAAGGCACUCAUUCGAUGGAUUCUGCAAUAUGAUCCUGCCAAGAGGCCUUCCCCUAUGGAAAUCUUGUCUCAUCCGUGGUUCUGCGAUUGGAGUCGAAGUGGAAUAUAG